AUGACGACUCAAGACAAGAACGCCUUAUCAUCGGAGGCUCCACUUGCCCCCGUCACCGUCGAACGCAAUGAUAAAAUGAAUCACCAAAGAUGCUAUAACAGCAGACAAGGAACGAAUCCGGGAGAUACACUGCCGGAAAAGGUGGAUGUAAGUAUCGAGAUGUUUCUUAGGUUGCUGGUUGUUGGAUUUCUACAAAAGCCUACUGAAAAUGUUGAUCUUGAUAAUGUAGAACAAACUUCAUUGAAUACACAAUUGUCAUCUUCUAAUAUUGGAUUUAGAUUUCUCCAAAAGAUGGGUUGGAAAGGAAAAAGUCUUGGGAAGGAUGAACAAGGUUUUAUGGGUGAACUAGCUCUCAAGAUAGACACAAGAAUUGAACAUUUCUUCAGGAACUUCAUUGUUUGUGCAUCUGUUAUGUUUCUUCUAUCAAAUAAUUGGGAAGAGGAUGAUUUUUAUACUGCUGAAGAAAAUAUCCAAAGGAAGAAACUUGACGUGGAGUUAGAGGAGACAGAGGAGAUUGCUAAGAAACGAGAGGUCCAAGAAUCUGCAAAACAAGCUAAGCCAAAAAGGGAGGCAGUUUCUUAUGUUGGCCAGAUUUCAAACAGUAGCUCGACAAAGAAGAAGGCAAAGAUUCCAAUAGCUUCAGUUUUCGGGAAUGAUAGUGACGAAGAACAGUGA